UCGUUAUUCCCUUCGUCCCACUGAUUGUUCAGAAUCUGUCAACUCUGGUGGAGUGCUAUUGACAUUGAUCACCAGCGACCGAUAAGAAGUGCUAUUUAUUGACCUCCCGACAGAAAUUCAAAGCGAAAAAAAUUAGAUACUACAACAUUAGCUGAUCUAAUCACCUGAGAUCUUCUAAAUAAAUAUCUGAGGUUCAUUUAUAUCAACUUCAGCUCCGACGAAUGACACUUCACUGAACCUCUGCCGCAUGAAGCUGGCAUACCCUUGUGAUGCGAAGAUGAAGUUGACUGUCAGUAUUACGAUUAUUUUUUUAAUUAGUUCAAGUUCCAUCAGAGCAGCAUUAGAGAAUGAAAUAACUGAUCAAGUGUCGAGUAAUGUCACCCAACCAUCGAAGGACUCUUUUCAUUCUAUUCUGCUUGAGUGCCAGAAUUCAGACUAUCGGACCUACAUUCAGUGCUUGAAAAGACAUAAACGACAUCAUGAACACCACGAUUAUUCAGAUGCUACUAAGAACUGUUUCGCUGAUUGUGGACUGGACGAGUGCUCUUCCACUCAUUGCGUUCACCAAUGUCACACGAAAUGCAUGAAAAAGGUCAAGGAAAUACGACAGUUCAUUACUGAAUUCGAAACUGUCUGCAGCGAUGACAACUGCACUUCCAGACCUCCAGCAAGUGCUCCUAACAUUACCACUAAUAUUGAUAUUAAUAAUUAUAUUAAUAACUCUGUCAAAGCGGAGCCGCCAAAGCCCAACGAUCCAAAACUCAACGAUCCAAAACCCGUAUUAUUUCCACCCAUUCGAGUUCUUUCAGAAGUGACGAUCGGAGGCUGCAUCAAUUACCAGAGUUGGCCCUGUAUAUCGCGAACGCAGCCAACGAACUUUGAUUGCUCUCUCUGCAUCAACGUCUGGUACAAGUACCAGUGUGAGCUCCACUGCUGUGGGGUUUCAAUGCCAGGACCUCAAGGGCCGUCACCAUUUACUUGCUCUGGACAUGUCUAAUGAUUAAUUCCACACGACAUGCGACUUGAAGUCAAUUUCCAGAUAAAUUUAGAGUUGAAAAAAAAUAUGUUACGAUUUUCUGAGGCCUGUCUAUGCCGCCAUGAAAGUUUGCUAUUUUACAUUAUACGAUAUCCGAUAAGAUAAAUGAAAUAAAUUGUAAAUGAGAAUAAUGAUAAACAGUCAUCGUGUUGGAUGAAAAAAAAAUAAUCAUAAUUAUUCCAUCGCAUGUGUCAUAAAUUUA